AUGGGACGAUACAAAGAGGAUCCUCCAGCGGUUAGGGUUUAUACGGUUUGCGAUGAAUCAAGAUACUUAGUAGUACGUAAUGUCCCAGCUUUGGGUUGUGGUGAUGAUCUCAUGAGAUUAUUCGCUACUUACGGAGAGGUUGAAGAAUGUAAACCUAUGGAUGCGGAAGACUGUGAGGAGUUCACUGAUGUCUACUGGAUCAAAUUUCAUCUCACCGUUAAUGCCAGAUUUGCAAAGAGGAAGUUGGAUGAAUCAGUUUUCUUGGGUAAUCGGCUUCAAAUUUCAUAUGCUCCCGAAUUCGAGAGUCUCAGUGACACAAAGGAUAAGUUAGAAACCAGGAGGAAAGAAGUGCUUGCAAGACUGAACAACCCCGAGAAAGGCAAGAGCACCUCCCAAGUUACGAAAUUUGCUGGCCCAGCUUCGACACAAACAGGCGAUUCAUCCACACAAAGUAGCUUGCAAAGAGAGAUGGAUUACCAAUUCCAUAGAAGAAAUGCUCCUAUUACUCGAGUUUCGUCUGACCAGGAGCAUUUUACGUCGUCUUCGAUGAAUCAAACGGUUCAAACUGUCAGGGAGAAACUCAACAAGAUUCAAGAAAGUGGUUACCGAAAGAGGUUACAACCAAGCAGCCAGCAACUACAAACAGAACCUGACAUCAAGAGAACCCGAGUGGAUAACCGAAGAAGAAUCUAA